AUGGGUCAACAGAAUCUCACCAUGCUGACAGAAUUUAUUCUGAUGGGAGUUACAAGAAGGCCUGAAAUGCAGCUUCCUCUUUUUGGGGUCUUCCUCAUCAUCUACACAAUCACAGUAGUGGGAAACUUGGGAAUGAUCAUUUUAACUAAGGUGGACUUGCGCCUACACACACCUAUGUAUUUUUUUAUAAGACAUCUGGCUUUCAUUGAUCUUGGAAAUUCCACUGUCAUUUGUCCAAAGAUGCUGGUAAAUUUUGUUGUGGAUCAAAAUACCAUUUCCUAUUUUGAAUGUGCUACACAGAUGGCUUUCUUCAUUCUGUUCAUCAUCAGUGAACUGUUCAUUUUGUCAGCCAUGGCCUAUGACCGCUAUCUGGCCAUCUGUAACCCUCUGUUGUACAAUGUUAUCAUGUCUCAGAGACUUUGUUAUGUGAUGGUGGGCAUUCCAUACCUCUAUAGUGCCUUUCAGGCUCUGCUGUUCACUAGUAAGACUUUCACUUUAACGUUUUGUGGCUCUAAUGUCAUCAGUCAUUUUUACUGUGAUGAUGUUCCCUUGACAACGAUGCUCUGCUCAAAUGCACAGGAAAUAGAGUUGAUGAUCAUACUAUUUUCAGCAUUUAAUUUGUUCUCCUCAUUACUAGUAGUCUUAGUAUCGUACAUACUGAUUCUGGUAACCAUAUUCCAAAUGAAUUCUGCACAAGGCAGGAAAAAAGCUUUCUCUACCUGCGGUUCUCAUCUAACAGUGGUUGUGGUGUUUUAUGGGUCUCUACUCUUCAUGUAUGUUCAACCCAAAUCCACCCACUCCUAUGAUACUGAUAAAAUAGCUUCUGUGUUUUAUACAUUAGUGAUCCCCUUGCUCAAUCCCAUGAUCUACAGUUUAAGAAACAAAGAAGUGAAAAAUGCCUUCCACAGAAUGUUUAAGUAUUGA